CCAUCCAGCCAGCCAGCCAGCCAGCCAGCCAGCCCGAGAUCUUGACCGACACAGAAGCUAUGGCUGUAUUAUUGCUGGCUUUGCUCUCGCAGAUCCACAUUGGCUUCGCCACUGGGUCCAGCCAGGGUUCGGGCGGACCCGCAGCUUCUCCGAGAGAGCAAGCGGGCAAAUAUGAAAGGGAAUCUGUGCAACCCCACCUCCUCCAGCACCCCCACCUCCUCCAGCACCCCCAGCACCUCCAGCAGCAGCAGCACCAGCCCGGCGAUUACAACCGGCCACCUAUCCCGUCAACCGGGCUCAGAUCUCCUGGCGACUCCCUGCCCACUCCUAUCUGGACUUUCCUCCACACCGGAGACCCUGCGAACCUCUACCGUGCCAACUGCACCAAGAGGUACCAGCUGUCAGGUUUGAAGGCGGCAUCUCGCUCGUUGAACUUGCACCUGUCUCUCCGCAGCGUCCAGGACACCAUGGUCCAUGCUUCUAACUUUUUGAACAUGAUCUUGCAGACCAACGCCGUGCGGGAGAUGACCAUCAAGGAGGACAUGGAGUGGUACUACGCCCUGGUGAGGAGCAUUCUUGAGGGUGACCCCAAGGUGCACAGAGCUGUGGUGACUUUCAAUACCCAGCCGUUCACGAGCCCUCCUCAAGUGUUCCUUCAAGCCACCAGGGUGGACAACCAGAUCUUCCUGCAAGACCUGUCCUCCACAGCCCACCGCCUGACCAACGCCACGGUGAAUGGCGACUGGUUUCACCAGCUCAAGUCCCAGCGAUCACCGGCCUCUUUCCUCUACAGGAAGCUUGUGAAAGAUGACCUGAGGUCGAUGCAUUCCCCCAUGAGGAAGAGAGGAGAGAGGUACCUGGGGGAUAAAACUCACAUCAAGUGGUCGCCCCCCUUCCUGGAAUGUGAAUAUGGAAAAUACAACCCUCGCUGGUUGUUGACACUUUCCACCUCCUUUUACGGAUUGAAGCCAGACUUCAAGCCCGAGUUCAGGGGUGUGAUUCGAGUUGACGUGGAUCUUCAGAGUGUAGACAUUGACCAGUGCUCGUCUGAAGGAUGGUUCGGAGGAACACACAACUGUAGACUCAACAGUACUGAGUGCUUCUCACCAAAAGGCCAAGGAUUUAUACUGGGAAGCUACAACUGUCUUUGCAAGACUGGAUUCUACCGUCCCACUGGUGUCUCUCCGAAAGGCCUUGAUGGGGACGAUGAAGAAGAUGUCACUGUACAAGGCAAGCAUGGUAGCAUUUACGAGUGCAUGCCCUGCAGGAAAGGGUGCACCUUGUGUGAAGACGAUAGCCCCUGCUACGCUGAGGCGGACAAGUACCUUCGCACAACUAUCAUCAUGUUCCAAGCCUUCUGCAUGCUGAUGGACUUCAUCGCAAUGCUAGUGGUCUACCACUUUCGCAGGUGUAAGAGUAUUCGAGCGUCAGGGCUGGUGCUGUUGGAGACAAUUCUUUUUGGAUCUUUGCUUCUGUAUUUUCCAGUUGUUAUAUUGUACUUUGAGCCAAGCAUAUUCAGAUGUAUUCUUUUACGAUGGGUUCGUCUUCUGGGCUUUGCUACAGUAUAUGGAACCGUGACUCUCAAGUUGUACAGGGUUUUGAAGGUUUUCCUAUCCCGGACUGCGCAACGAAUCCCAUACAUGACAAGCUGGAGGGUGGUGAGGAUGCUGGGAAUCAUUCUACUCAUAGUGUGCUGGUUCCUAAUCUCGUGGACGUCUGCAGUCUGUGAGAACUUGGACAGAAAUGUUCCACUGAUUGCCCAGGGAUGGACUGUGGAUGGACUUCAGUUUAAUAUGUGCCUGUUGGACCGUUGGGACUACAUGAUGGCCAUUGCUGAAUUUCUCUUCCUCCUCUGGGGGGUAUAUCUCUGCUAUGCCGUGCGGACAGUGCCAUCAGCAUUUCAUGAACCACGCUACAUGGCUGUCGCUGUCCAUAAUGAACUCAUUCUAUCUGCUGUAUUCCAUACCAUCAGGUUUAUGCUGGUGUCAAGUCUACACGGUGAUUGGAUGCUCAUGCUGUUCUUUGCUCACACACAUUUGACUGUGACUGUGACUCUGGGGUUGCUUCUGAUCCCAAAGUUUCUUCACGCAGGCAUGAGUCCGAGAGAUGACAUUGCAACAGAAGCCUAUGAAGAUGAACUAGACAUGGGGAGGUCCGGGUCCUACCUAAACAGCAGCAUUACAUCAGCCUGGAGUGAGCACAGUCUAGAUCCAGAUGACAUCAGGGAUGAGCUGAAGAAACUAUAUGCACAGCUGGAGAUCUACAAAAGGAAAAAGAUGACUGCCAAUAACCCACAUCUGCAAAAGAAGAGGAGCUCCAAGAAGGGUUUAGGACGUUCAAUCAUGAGGCGUAUCACUGAGAUCCCAGAGACAGUAAGUAGGCAAUACAGCCGAGAAGAUAAGGAGCAGACAGACCCUACAGUGCCCAGGAACAGUAUCAGUACUUGUAGGAAGAACCCAUUCGACCCUGCGAGCUCCAGUCUGAAAGCAAAAGAAGACUCUCUGAAAAAUAAAGGCUUGACAUUACAAAGAUCUCUCAGUACCUAUGACCACGUAAGAGAUAAGGGUGAAGAUUCCAGCAUGUCUGUGUCAGAUAAGAUGGAAAUUUCCAGCACAGAGGUCGGGCUGUUAGAUUCAUUAAUGGGAAAACCAUUGGUUAAAAAGACCAAUGAGGAAGUAGAUGAUGUCUCCACUGAAUCAGUCCCUCUUGUGUGCAAAUCUGCUAGUGCACACAACUUAAGUUUGGACAAAAAGCCCUUGCACCCCAGAACAUCCAUGCUGCAAAAAUCCCUCAGCGUCAUUGCCAGUGCAAAGGAAAAGACGCUGGGCAUAACAGGCAAAGCGCAAAGCUUGGAGGAACAUUCAAAGCAUCAUAAAGGACAGCAGAAAGUUAGGGACACAAACAAAUGUCACUCUCCAUCUGAUAGCAAUGAAAUGGCCACAUCCCAACCCAAAAGUUCUGUGAGCUACUCUUCAAUUCCCGAGGAGGCACGAAAAGCUCCAAAAGCUGGAAUAAUGAAACAACAUGCAAGUAGCCAGUCUACUGUUAGUCCAGACUCGGCAAACUCCCUGCAGAAUGAUCUAUUCAAUAGAGCAGAGGUCUGUCCGUGGGAAAUACAAGACCAGCCUCCGACUCCUUCCGAAAAUAAAGUUCAAAAACAUGUAUCUAUUGCUCCUGUGGAAUCGCAGAGUAUUCACAGUUCCCAUUCAAAUGCCAAAAUGCAGUCCGCCAACAAGCACAAGGUGUCAGAGAGUGUUGCCAAGCAGAGACAGCUGAGCCAAGGCAGUGCUGACAGAUCGGAAGUGUGUCCCUGGGACACUGAGGAGGUGCAGGCAGCCCCGCCAGAAAUCAAUCAGCCUGAAAGUCUUCCGACUUCACAAGACGGGGACUCAAAUAAUGGAGCCAAUUUUGCUGAGGAAAUGCCAUCUAAGGCUGGAGUUGAAGCUUCAGACAUGGGUCAGAUUGAAAGAGGGGAAGUGAAAAGAGGAGGAUCUCCGGGAGAUAGAAAGGACAAGGGGGUCACUUCAGAGCCUGUAACAACAGGCAGUAUCACACACCAAUCUUCUGUUAAUAGGGUGGAUGUCUGUCCGUGGGAUUAUGACCCACCAGAUUCUGCGGAAAUGCAAAAGAGCCCGGCUUCAACUGCGUCGGCCGCUUUGCUAAGCAGCAUCCCUCAGAAGAAGACAGCGGUGAAGGGGUUUAGCUUAUCUGUGAAAACCCUGGUGUCCCCUGGAAAAGCAAAGGACCCUGAAAGCAUCAAGGAGAGAAAAGAUGACAAUAAGGUGAAAGUAAAGGGCAAGUACAAAGAAAAGGAAAAAGACAACAAAGUAAAAGUGGCAGAAGUACCAGCAACCAAAGCUAAAGCAGCUGAAAAAUAUUCCUGGGAGGUUAUGGUAACCCCUGGUUCUGUAGAUGGUAAGAUCAAAGGUACGACCGCCUGUGAUUCAGAAACAGAGAAUUACAAACCUGCUGAAGUGUGCCCUUGGGAGGCUGCAACUACCGUCCCCACGAGUCAUGCAAUAGAAAGAAGCACAGCUGCUGUUAAGGACAAUAAAAAUGCGCACGGCACAGCUGUAGACAAAUCGAAGAUGGCUUCAAUCUGUCCUUGGGAUUUUGAUGACCAAACAUCUGGAAACAAUGUGUGACAAUGAACCGGAUCUCUAAACGUUUUCAUAGCCUAUAACUGCAAAUUCCAUAUCAGUCUCAAGAACUUUGUAACAAAAUACACAGAAACAGUGAAGGCAGGAAUCCAGUGAAGAUCCCAAUUUGUAUGCCAAUUCCUCAUUUCCUCAGUUUUCUCUCAUACACAUAAACAAGAACUCUUUCUGUCAGAUCAAAAUGCAUUCGGGAAUGAUCUAGUAUUUAGAAAGCACUUAUGUGGCAGAACUAAUCUAAUUUAUGCAAUGGUCAUGUACUGUUAUUCCAGCCUGAAACACCUACUCUGAACAAUGGGAAAUUCCCUUUCCUUCUAGUUAUUAACCAAUAAUGUGACAACAGUGAGUUUAGACGUGGCCGACAAGCCAUAACCUUUUUGAAAUACUAUUGCAAUUCAGUGUGAUUUAUAUUGUGAAUCUUUUCUUUAACCCGGUGUUGACAUUCUUACGUUCUCCCUGAGAAUUAUAGUUUGGUAUUAAUAGUUUCAAGAAUUUUUAUAUGAAGUAGUGGGUUCCUGUGUUUUUUCCCCAGGUUACUCCUAGUGCACUUAGUCACCGCUGAUCGUAGAAUCGGUGGUCCUACUUAGCUUGGCAAAAUAUAAUCAACCUCAGCUUUGUUUGUAUUAACUGGCUCCUUCCCACUCCCUAAUCACUGAAUAUGAGCAUUUAUUGUCGUCCUUGUCCAUGACAAUCUUAGGUUUUUAUACCAGUUUCUUUGUGGAUAUUUAUUUAAAGGUGUUACGGCUUUAAAAAAGACUCAGACUCCAUUAAAUCCUAAAUCUUCAACUGUCUUUAGCUCUGCAGUACUUAGCACCCAAAGGGAUUAAAUCAGUAACCUCAUAUAUUUGCUUCUGUGUUAUAUGCAUGCAAACUGACUGGUAGGACUGACAUCUUGCUGAAUGUCUGACCUUUAGCAUUUGGACCGUACUGAGUUGUAUAGUGAGUGAGGCUGUAUCCUGUACGCUGUAUUAUGUGCUUGUUAUAUCUGAUGGCACUCUGGCAUCCACCGGGGAAUAUUUGAUAGAUCUCUUUUAUGGCUUGUGGCAGCAUGUAAAUAAGGUACUUUAUCUGCAAUAAAAAUACAAUUUAUAUUAAA